UCCUCUUUCAUCUGCAAGGGUUUCUUCAAAAAAGCAUAAACCCUAAACCAGACCUUCUGCUACACAGCCUACACCACUCUCUUGCAAAACUUACAGUUUGCGGAAACGCUAUGGAGGUUUACGAUCUAGAAAAUUUGUGACACAUAAGGCACCAGCACAAUCAUUUCAGAGGUCUAGAAGUUCUUCACGGGUGCAAUCCUGCUAGUUCGGGUUCAACAAGAAUUGGGUUUCUUGGCAGGAAAGCUCGGGAUUGCGGCUGGAAAAAAUGGAAGAGAUUGAGAGGAUAAAAUCGAAUUGCUUGUAUCGCAGUUUCAACCUUUCAAGGUCGUCAUCGGCCUUUCUUGGAUUCUACGUACCAUCAGCUGCCUAGUCUCCGUCUCUGGACAGAGACAGAGAAUAUCCUCAGGAGGCGGGACUCGUCCUCCAAGGCAUAAACAAGUUGGUGGGUUUUGAAUUCGGGUCACAACCCACAAAAGGCAAGGUAAGGAAAGGAAAGGAAAGGAAAGGAAAGGAAAGGAAAAGGGGGUUGGUAAAGAGAAGACUUUGCCGGCGCUGCGUGGCUGGUGCUAAGUUGCUAAAACUACAGGAAAGGAGAAAUUCAACGAUGGGGUUGAUGAUUGCACAUGGUUCAGCAUCGUAUCCAUUAUUAUAUAAUAACGGCAAACCUCUUCUCACCGGAGUUGUCGGAGGGUCUGCAGCGAUUCAAGCUCCAAUUUUGCCUCCAAUUCUUAUCCGCCAGAAGCUGAAUUCGCCUUUGUCGACGUCCAUGGCAUCGAAUCUGACCACCCAGAAUCACCUGCGCCAGGUAGAGUCAAUGUCCACUCUGCCGUCGGGCGCCAGCAGGACUACCCAACUCAACGCCGUGAUCUUGGGCGAGGCCGUUGCCUCCGAAGAGGAUGAUCUCGUCUUUCCCAGCGAUGACUUCUCGCGCCAGGCCCUCGUUUCCUCUCCCCAGCAGUAUUUGGAGAUGUAUAAAAGGUCAGUGGAAGAUCCAGCUGGAUUUUGGUCCGAUAUCGCUUCCCAGUUUUACUGGGAGCAGAAAUGGGGUCAAACUCAUCCAGUCUGCUCUGAAAAUCUCGACGUCGCCAAGGGUACCAUCAAGAUUGAGUGGUUCAAGGGAGGUAUCACCAACAUUUGUUAUAAUUGCCUGGAUAGAAACGUUGAGGCUGGACUUGGCGACAAGAUUGCCCUUUACUGGGAAGGCAAUGAACCUAGUUUUGAUGGCUCUCUAACGUAUUCCCAGCUGCUCGAUAGAGUUUGCCAGCUUGCAAAUUACUUAAAGGACAUUGGUGUUAGAAAGGGCGACGCUGUUGUCAUUUACUUACCCAUGCUAAUGGAACUCCCCAUCACUAUGCUCGCAUGUGCCCGCAUUGGUGCUGUUCACUCGGUUGUAUUUGCUGGAUUUUCUGCUGAAUCUCUUGGACAACGAAUUGUGGACUGCAAGCCAAAAGUCAUAGUUACUUGUAAUGGAGUUAAAAGAGGUUCAAAGCUCCUCAACCUAAAGGACAUAGUUGAUGCUGCCCUCACUGAUUCUGCCCAAAAUGGAGUUUCUGUAGAUGUGUGCCUAACCUAUGAAAACAAAUUGGCAAUGAAGAGGGAAGACACCAAAUGGAAUGAGGGGAGAGAUAAAUGGUGGCAGGAUGUUGUCCCUAAAUAUCCAAAUACUUGUAAAGUUGAGUGGGUUGAUGCGGAAGAUCCUCUUUUUCUGCUUUAUACUAGUGGGAGCACUGGAAAACCAAAGGGCGUUCUCCAUACAACUGGUGGCUAUAUGGUAUAUACUGCAACAACAUUCAAGUAUGCAUUUGACUUCAAACCAUCAGAUGUCUACUGGUGCACAGCUGACUGUGGUUGGAUCACUGGGCACAGCUACGUCACAUAUGGACCCUUGCUCAAUGGAGCAACUGUUAUUGUAUUUGAAGGGGCUCCAAAUUAUCCUGAUGCUGGACGUUGCUGGGACAUUGUUGACAAGUACAAGGUGACAAUAUUCUACACUGCCCCCACGUUGGUGCGGUCCCUGAUGCGUGAUGGCGAUGAGUAUGUUACUCGCUACUCACGCAAAUCCUUGCGUGUCCUUGGGAGUGUAGGUGAACCUAUCAAUCCAAGCGCAUGGAGAUGGUUUUUCAAUGUAGUUGGAGAUUCAAGAUGUCCUAUAUCUGACACUUGGUGGCAAACUGAAACUGGUGGUUUUAUGAUGACUCCGUUACCGGGUGCCUGGCCACAAAAGCCUGGCUCUGCUACAUUUCCUUUCUUUGGAAUACAGCCAGUUAUUGUGGAUGAGAAGGGCAUUGAGCUUGAAGGGGAAUGCAGUGGUUAUUUGUGUGUGAGAAGCUCAUGGCCUGGGGCGUUCCGAACUCUUUAUGGUGAUCAUGAAAGAUAUGAAACCACAUACUUCCAACCAUUCCCGGGCUAUUAUUUCAGUGGUGAUGGCUGUAGAAGGGACAAAGAUGGAUACUACUGGCUUACUGGAAGAGUUGAUGAUGUCAUCAAUGUUAGUGGUCAUCGCAUUGGCACAGCAGAAGUGGAAUCUGCUCUAGUCUCACAUCCCCAGUGUGCAGAAGCUGCUGUUGUUGGUGUUGAGCAUGAGGUUAAAGGGCAGGGCAUAUAUGCAUUUGUUACAGUUGUGGAGGGUGUUCCUUACAGUGAAGAACUCCGGAAAAGCCUUACACUCACAGUGCGGAAGCAGAUUGGAGCAUUUGCAGCACCGGACAAAAUCCACUGGGCGCCUGGCCUUCCAAAGACGAGAAGUGGAAAGAUAAUGCGGAGAAUUUUGAGAAAAAUUGCUUCCAAGCAGUUAGAUGAGCUCGAGGAUACAAGCACGCUUGCGGAACCAAACGUCGUCGAUCAGCUUAUAGCACUUGCUGAUAGCUGAAACAGGCUGCAACAUUGUAUGGCAAGAGUUGAUCACCAAACCUUUCAGAUUUUAAAUUCAUUAUGCGGUUGUCAAAUUCUUGUGAGAAUAAUGUAGACUGCACCCAUGCCAAUGUAGAUUGUGUACCUUUGCACAACUUUUAUACUAAGGUGAUGUGGGCUGUACUCAUGAACUCCAAAGGGCAGUUGCUCAUUCAAUAAGGUUGAUUUAUACUACUAUUCUUAACA